AUGAACGAUAUAGAAAGUAUAAGCAUGAAAGGCAGUGGAGGAUCUAAAAUGCCUCAUAGUCAUUCAACUCCAGCAGGUGUAGAUGGAGGUAGUAGAACUCCUCCUACGACACCUAGGAAAGCUGGUAAAAUGCUUGCUGUUCGUGUACAGAUGUUAGAUGAUACAAUUACAAUGUUUCAAGUUCAGGCAAAAGCUUUAGGAAGAGUAUUAUUCGAUCAAGUUUGUAAGCAGUUACAUCUUUUGGAAGCUGAUUAUUUUGGUUUGGAAUAUCAAGAACUUAAUGGAACAAAAUAUUGGUUAGAUUUAGAGAAACCAGUUUGUAGACAAGUUGGAUUAUCUUUAAUAGAUCCGUUAUUAAGAUUUUGCGUUAAAUUUUAUACACCUGAUCCAGCGCAAUUAGAAGAAGAAUUUACAAGAUAUUUAUUUUGUCUUCAAAUUAAAAGGGAUUUAGCUCAAGCUUUGUUACAAUGCAACGAUAAUACAGCAGCUUUAAUGGCGAGUUAUAUCGUCCAGGCUGAAUGCGGCGAUUAUGUGAUAGAGGAUUAUCCAGAUCAUACAUAUUUAUCAACUUACAAAUUUGUGCCUCAUCAAGAUCAAGAACUAGAACGUCGUAUUAUGGAAAAUCAUAAAAAACACGCGGGUCAAUCGCCAGCAGAAGCGGAUCUUAAUCUGCUAGAAACAGCACGUCGUUGUGAAUUGUACGGAAUGAAAAUGCAUCCGGCUAAAGAUCACGAGGGUGCAUCGCUCAAUUUGGCAGUAGCACAUAUGGGAAUAGUAGUUUUUCAAAAUUUCACUAAGAUAAAUACAUUCAGUUGGGCUAAGAUCAGAAAAAUCAGUUUUAAAAGAAAACGAUUUUUAAUUAAACUUCAUUCAGAGGGUUACGGUUAUUACAAAGAUACCGUGGAAUUUUUUUUCGAAGGACGCAACGAGUGUAAAAAUUUUUGGAAAAAAUGUGUAGAAAAUCAUGGAUUUUUCCGUUGUUCAGUGGUGAAACGAGUGGUACGACAAAAAACGCGUGUUCUCAGCCGUGGCUCAUCAUUCAGGUAUAGCGGAAAAACUCAGAAACAAAUCGUGGAAUUUGUACGGGAUAAUUACGUGAAGAGGCAAACGUUUCAAAGCCUUGGAAACCCCAGCUCUGUCUCUAUCAUGCGGCUCGAUGACACUGGAUUCUCCGACGACUGUGACGAGUGUCUCGAUGGGAGGGACGAUUCACCGUCGCGAAGACACAGCUACAUCGUUUCGGACGCUUACCUCCAUCGACGUCCAUUCCCCGGCCACGCCCAGCCAGGUCCCAGCACAGCGGCAGAUGCUUGUUGCCAGCAGCCAGCAGCGGAUUUCAUCAGCAGGUCGUAUCAGCCCCUCUAA